AUGGAGGUGGUCAAUACCUCGAGAUCGCCAGGAAGAUCCUCGACUGUGUCUCGGAACUUCAAGGCCCUAGUCGAGGUAGGCGAGAUUGGCGAGGCAUCACCGCCAAAGGACGAUGAGCCAGCGACCGAUGGUGGUAUUGCUGGUGAGUGGUUUGAGGCGGAUGAUCUCUGCCGUAUUACCUUCGUAUACGUCCCAUCCGCUUUGCGGUGGGAUAUCCAUGGUGAGGCACACAAGUAUGUCACCGAACUCAAAGUCAGGGUUGGACAUCGCAAGACGGACAACUCUAUAGACGCGCUACGCUCCCAAGCCGCACACUCAGUCCUGGACUCGUGGAGUUCCACUUUCCAGGAUCCAACCUACCGAGGCUCUGAAUUCUUAGAGCUCCAACAGCCUGACAGGCGGCCGCUACAGCCAUCGUACCUCAAUGGGGGACCUUGGCUUUCAACUUUCGGGCACAGUAUUACUGAGUUUGCUCGCGUUUGCCAGUGUAUAACUGGCCAUGCGCCCAUUGGAGCUCCUGUCAGCAUAUUCUCUUUUGCUGUCGCAAUCGCUACUCCAUGCAUUACCCCCGGGGAUAUUGCAUCUUUUAUGAAGUACAACCCCACAGCGUUUGGCUUCAACCGGGACCCUUCAGGUGUCGGGUAA